CUAGAUGGCAUUUGUGUACCUUAGCACUCAUUUACACAAGUUACUUUUGGUUAAUUUAAUUUUGUGUAUUUUGAUAUUUUGAUUAUUUUCUAGUGUUUAUUGUGUUUCUAUACUGAAUUGUUGUUUAUUUGAGCAAGAUUAAUUUUUUCUAAGAGAUUAUUGGUUAUUUUAUUUUACUCCCAUCAUGCCUUUAUAUGUCACUUCCUGGUUUGUCACUUCCUGUUUUGUUAACCACAUGAAGAGAUGGAGCAAUGUAAUUGCUAACUUAAGAGUGUUUCUAUCUAUAUCAUAUGCCAUCCAACCAAGAAAAUUCAAGAUAUAACCCCCUCUCUUAGCUCACAAGCAGGCAAAAGUGUUCUACGGUGUUGGUGUUGAAGUUGAUGUCUGUAUUGGUGUCUAUGUCGAUGAAUGCAUUAAACAUCUGUGAAAAAGAACCUCAGCCUUCGCAAUGUGACUAAGGGCGGCAUAGUAGAACACUUCACUGCAUUGGUGAAGGCCAAGAGCAUCAGAUGCUAAAGCUACAAGAGGCACUACGUAUUGGCAAGGGAAGUACACCUUUUAAAGACUGCAAUUGAUUGAUUGAAGAAGCCGGUGAUCAAGUAAAGGCUGAACAAGCAAGCACUUUUAAGUUAGUGACUUGGAAGCAGCAUAAGGUCUUGUGAACUGUGCUAAAGUUUCAAUUGCAUUGGUAUUCCAUCACCUUCAUUCUAAGAAAAGGUUAAAUAUCUUUCUAUUGUUGGUUGGCUUACUAAGCUAAAAAGGAUUGAACAGAUAAGCAGUUGUGUUUUAUUAUUGAAGAAAUCUAAAGUGUCUAAAGUGAAUUUUCUUGUUAUAUUCAAGUGUUUUGUACAUGAUAAACAAUUUUAAGUGUGCAGAAUUUCACAUUUUACAAGCUGUAUUCAUUGUUCUGCUACUAGAUAUUUCCAUAUUAUGAUGUGUAUGGUUGUGUCACAUAAGUAUAUCCUACAUUAACACUAACAUUUUAUUGUCUUUGAGUACCACAUUGUAAAGCAAUACAGUUUGACAUGGCUGAUACAAGUGAAAAUACAGUGCUGUCCACUAGAGAAGUUAGCUAUGCAACUCCCAUUACACAAGAGUUAGACAAUGUAGAGCAGGUUAUCCCACCACAGCAUGCUGAUGUAGCUGGCCAAAUUGAAGUUGCUGAACAAGUGCAACAAACACAAGUCACAGAUAUUAGAAAAAGUCAGCGUGCACGCACACUUACUGAAAAGGGUAAAUCACUCCAAGAUGCUAAAUUAAAUGAAUUGAAGAGAAGCUUUGAGCAGAAGUACAGAAGAUGGAAAUAUCACAUCAAUGGUCUGAAGAGAGCCAUCAAGAAAAAUGAUGAUGCUGAAUUGAUUCUUGAAGUUGUGAGCAUUAUUAAUAGCACACAGUCAGAGGUUGAUCAUCUCUAUGAGAAGAUAAGAAGCAUCACAAGCCCUGACACAGAAAUAAGGAGGAAAAAUGACACAUGCCUCUCAAUUACUAGCAUUGCUAAUGAGAAAGCGCAACGGUUUCUAAAUGAAGAUCCUGAGGACAUACCCUGGCCUGAUUCAAAUUCAGUCUUUGAAACUACUGUGUCCACUAUCAUCUCAGCAACCUCCGGUAAGUCAAAGUCUGUUUCCAAGAUGUCCAGUCAAUCUUCCUAUAAUUCUUUGCAGAAAAGACAAGAAGCAGCAGCUGAAGUAGCGGCUACACAAGAGGUGAUUAAAAUAAUGAAGACACAACAUCAAUAUGAAGGGGAAAUUAGGAAACUUGAAGCAGAGGAUGAAAGGUUAACAGCCGAAAGAGAAGCUCAAGAAAGGGAGAUGGAAGCGGAAAAUGCUAGAAAAAGGGCUCAAUUUAUCUCAGAAAGUACUAUGAGAAAAAUAAAGCUGGAGGAGAAGAAAAAGGAAGUGGAAAGAUUGGAGGAACUAAAAAGGCAUAAUGCAGCACAAGCAAGGCUGCAAGUUUAUGUUGAAAGCAUCAAAGGUGAUGAGCUUGAACAGUGUUCUGUUCCUCUUCAAAGACAAGAAGAUUGUACUUCUUAUCCAAACAUUCCUAUUUCUCUUCCUCAGCCGCAAAGGCUCGCUCAAGUCACUGCUCCUUUAUACCAACCCUCUUGUUCUCCUCAAAGGGUUCCAAUCACAACAGCUCAUAUCUCCCAGUCAACUAAAUUUGUUGAUCCAAAUGAAGCCUCUAAUGAUCUUGUGAAGGCACUUGCUGAAGCGAUUACAGCCAAUAGGAUUCCGAUUCCAGAACCAGUUGUUUUCUCUGGAGAUCCUCUUACUUAUAAUGACUGGAAACUGUCCUUUCAAACGUUAAUUGAUCGCAAGAACUUGCCAGUCCAAGAAAAGCUCUUCUUUCUACGCAAGUAUGUGAGUGGUCCAGUCAAAAGAGCUAUUGAAGGACACUUCCUGGUUGGAACAGAGACCGCUUACACCGCUGCUUGGAACAUACUCAAUGACAGGUUUGGCAAUCCGUUUGUAGUCGGCAAGUCAUAUCGUGACAAAAUACAGUCAUGGCACAAGAUUGCUACCAAAGAAACCAAAGACCUCCGUGAAUUUGUAGAUUUCCUGAGCAGUGUUGAAUCCGCCAUGCCUUAUGUUCAAGGUUUACAGGCUCUAAAUGACUGUGUUGAAAAUCAAAGGAUAUCAUCCAAAUUGCCAGAAUGGUUAAGUUCUCGUUGGAAUAGAGCAGCAACCAAGUUUCAAGAUGAAUGUGGAAGAUUCCCUGAUUUCAAGUACUUUGUUGAAUUUCUCAACAAAGAAGCUAGAAUUGCAUGCAAUCCUAUCACCUCACUGCAAGCAAUAAAGCCAGUAGAACAAGAAAGAACCAAGUACACUGAUCAAGAUAAGUAUAAGUUCCAACGGAAUCGCAACUCAACUGCCAAGACAUUCACCACUAGUUCCAGUGAAAAGACUAGUAUUAUAUGUGUCUUUUGUAAGAGAUAUGGUCACACUCUUCAUAAGUGUCGCAAGAUUAUGGAAAGACCAGUUGAAGAAAGAUUGAAGUUUGUACAGGCGGAAAAGUUGUGCUUUGGCUGUCUUAAGACUGGUCAUAACUCAAAGGUCUGCCCUGCUAGGAGUGUGUGUGAUAAAUGUGAGAAAUGUCACCCAACAUGCCUACAUCAGGAUCGUGUAAAUAAAUACCUAGGACAAGGAUCUAGAAUCAUUCAAGAUCAAUCAAAGGUCAAUCACGGAUCUGCAGACAGAACAGUUGAAUCACAGAAGGUACAAGAGUCAAAGCCUGUGAUUUCAAAUAGAGUAGUUCAAGAAAGGAACAACACUCAUACUUCAUCGAUCAUUCCAGUAUAUGUCUCAACAACAGCUGAACCAAGGAAGGAGAUUUUAGUGUACGCCUUGCUCGAUACACAGAGUGACACUACUUUCAUUCUAAAGAAUACAGCUGAGACACUUGGUAUAAAGAAAGAACCAGUCAAACUCAAGAUUUCUACAAUAACGUCCAAAACAAAGGUUGUGUCUAGUCACAAAUUGAAUGGACUACAAGUAAGAGGAAUUCAAUCUGAAGUGAAAAUUAAACUUCCAACAACCUACACUAGAGACUACAUACCUGUCAAUAGAUCUCAUAUACCAACAUGUGAAACCGCCAAGAAUUGGCCUCAUCUAGAACAUCUGGCAGAUGAAAUGGCUCCUGCACUUGACUGUGAAGUAGGUUUGCUAAUAGGCUAUAACUGUCCUCAAGCCUUACUCCCCAGAGAUGUUCUCAGCGGUAACGAAGAUCAGCCGUUUGCACAAAGAUCUGUGUUGGGUUGGAGUAUCAUUGGAUACAACCAUUAUGACAGGCAGAACUAUGAAGAUGAAGUUGGUGUGAGUCACAGGAUUAUCUUAAAGCAAGUUCUACCAGCUGGUGAAAGAUCUCACAAGCUCAAGUCUGAAGUCUGUUUUAUACACAGGAACAAGGUUAAGGAAAUGAUCACUCCAGCAGAGGUACUGAAAGUUUUUGAGUCUGACUUCAUUGAAAGGAAGAAUGAGGAAGUCUCUACAUCACAAGAAGACUUAAGGUUUUUGGCAAAGUUAAACAAAGGCAUUAAGCAAACGCAAGAUGGACACUAUCAGAUGCCAUUGCCAUUUAAGGGCGAGAGACCAGAAUUGCCAAACAACAAAGCGUGUGCAGAGCAUAGACUCAAAUCCUUAGAGAAGCGUUUAAAGAGGGAUGAGCAAUACCACAAGGACUACUUGGCUUUCAUGAAAGACAUAAUAGCAAGAGGCGAUGCUGAAAAGGUUCCAGAGAUGCAGUUAAACAAUCAGCCAGUAUGGUAUAUACCUCAUCAUGGGGUUUACAACCCGCAGAAGCCAGGCAAGAUUCGCAUUGUCUUUGAUUGCUCUGCAAGAUUUCAGAAUACUUCUCUGAAUGAACAUCUACUGACUGUGCGACUGACUUUGACUUGGCCAUAGGAGAACAACCUAAAGUAGAAAUACUCUUGUUGGGGUCUUGUGUCGUUUCCGAAAGGGGCAAUUAGCCAUUAUGUGCGAUGUUGAGCGUAUGUUCCACCAGUU